ACAGUCUUGCAGGGAGACAGCUGUGUGAAACUGUGGACAGACACGGUCGACAAAGACAUGUCGGUGAGACAAGAAUCCUGUCCAGGUGCAAAACAUGAAAGGCAAGUAUGCAGCUAGACUUUAACUGACCGUUUUCUGUGCUCGGAUGGAACGUUAGACAGGUCCGACCGCUGCAGCCGGCUCCCCGCGUCCGCGCGCUUAUUGCACCACAGCGGGUUAAUUAGGAGUUUCCCUUCAAAUUUUCUUUCCUUCGACGACCGGGGGACAUAUGAUGAAGUUUAGCAAACCCAACCAAACCAGGACGUACGACGACGAGGGGUUUAAGAGAAGAGCGGCAUGUCUCUGCUUCAGGAACGAAAAGGAGGACGAGGUGCUACUGGUGAGCAGCAGUCGUUAUCCAGAUCAAUGGAUUGUGCCUGGCGGAGGAAUGGAGCCUCAAGAGGAGCCUAGUGGGGCAGCUGUUAGGGAGGUGUAUGAAGAGGCUGGUGUGAAGGGAAAACUCGGCAGACUGCUUGGGAUUUUUGAGCAUAAUCAGGACAGAAAGCACAGGACGUACGUGUACACUCUCAUAGUGACAGAGAUGCUGGAAGACUGGGAGGAUUCUGUUAACAUUGGAAGAAAACGGAAUUGGUUCACCAUUGAUGAAGCGAUCAGUGUUCUGCAGUGCCACAAGCCUGACCAUGCAGAAUACCUACACAGACUACAAAACGCCUGCAAUCCCAGCUCCAUUCCUGUUUGUAAUCAGCCUCGCAGAGGUAGGACCAGCUCACAAGGCGCAGAUGACCCACAAAGCAGCUUCAGCCCCACAGAAAGCUCAGAACUAGUAAACCGAUAGAACUAGUAAAACAUCAACUCCAGACAGAAGGACACAAUGAGACAUACUGUUUAACAUGGAAAACAGCUUCACAACAUGACUGAAGGAGGCUUCCACAUAUGCAAACCAAUUGAUCUGAUAGAACAAUAGAUGUACUUUAUUGAUCCCAGGCUUGGAAAUUACAGUGUAGCGGCAAAAGACACAAGCUAGACAAAUUGGGGUGUAAGAUGUUUAGAUACGCAGUAUAAACUGGAUUGGAAAAAUGAAUAAGUAGAUAGAAAAGUCCCAAGGAUAAAAUGUACAGAUGAGUAAUAUAGAAUAAAUAUGUAUAUAAGCAGUGUUGAACGUAGUGCAGGAUAUUACAUGAUGUGUAGUGAACAGUUCAGGUGCAUUGGACAGUAAGGGUGUAGUGAAUAAUGUGGAUACACUGCAUAACAUGCAUACUCUCCACAACGGUCUUAAAGGCCUCCAGUCUUAGACCAAGAACAGAACCAGCCUUCCUGAUGAUUUUGUUGAGUCUGUUGGUGUCGCUGGCUCUGCUACUGCUUCCCCAACACACGACUGCAAAGAAAAUGGCGCUGGCAACAACAGACUGAUACAAGAGCUCCAACCUCUUGCUACACACGUUAAAGGAUCUCAGCUUCCUCAGGAAAUAAAGUCUGAAUCUAAAUCCCCUUCUUGUACACAGCAACGCUGUUAGAUUUCCAGUCCAGUCUGUUACUGAUAACAACUCCCAUGUACUUGUAGUCCUAGCAUUAUGGUGUUCUCAUAGAAUUUAAUGUACUCUGUGAUGCCGUCAGUCAUAAAGUGGGCUCAAAGAUUGUUUGAGAAUUUUAAGGUAUAUUUAAUUUUAAGGUAAGUUUAUUUAUUGCUUCAUUUUUGUGGGGUUAUAAACCACAUGUGCUCCUUUCAAAGUUUUGAAAAUGUUUUAAAAGUGUAAAUCUGUUUUUGCACUGUAGUGAUAACCCUAAACCUAUCCCUUCUAAUUCUUAUGUAACUUUGUGGUGUUUCUCAAUGUAUUAAUAUUUAGGAAUAGGUGAACUCAAACUAGUGAACCAAAGCACAAGUAGACCAGCUUCAAAUCUUUUGAAAUGUCCUUUUUUUAAAGCUCCCAAGUGUUUAAUAAGCAAACAACAAUUACAUUUCACAUUAAGGUAAAUACCAGCCACUACUAUCAUUAACGACUUGAUUUUUUUUCUUAUCUUACAGUAAAGUUUAAAUCAAGUCGACAAGCUGUUUAAUGACAUUACAUUGACAGAGGAGGAACUAUGUACACAAACACAGGCCCAAUAAUGAGCAUGUAACUUGCCAUUCAUUCCUUUUAUAGGUAAUCUACUAAAGGGAACACAGAAAUUAUACAUUUGAUUUUUGGUUUGUGUGUUUGUUUAAUCUAUUUUUGUUUUCAACUGGGGCUACUUGUACCUGUUGCCAAUGGUGGGCGGCUUGAUGUGUGUUAAUGUCCUUACAUGUCAAGUAACGUUACCACUCAUUUUAUGACUACUGGUUAACUAAAGGUUAAAAUAUCAGCAUGAGCCAGAGUUGAAAGUGUGUUACCACAUACGCUGAAGAAAAAGUCAAAAUUCAAAGAAUAAAAAUACUUUGUAAAGAGA